GUACCGGGACAUUGCCCUGCAUGAGAUGCACGAGACUGUCACUUUCCUGUGAAUAUAGUGCCGCUUACUCACGCGGUUUGCCGCCGGACCCUCUGCCAGCUCCUGCAUCGUCCGGCUUGUCCAAGAAUGGAAAUAGGCCACAACGUCCUCCCUUGGCGGCUGGACGUGCUAACCAGUCUCCUCUCACGCCACGAUCUGCAAAAAGCUCCCCCAGAGAUGCUACUACUUCGACCCACCAGCAGUUUUCUAAAAAUGAUCCCGUGAUCUCGCCGCGGAAUUCCCCAGACCCCGUGGCUAUGGAUUAUGAGGGUAACUAUCUAGGGCCGGCGUCGGGAGUUUCAUUCAUGAAUCGUGUCUGGAGUCGUCUCCACCAGGAUGAAACGUCUGCUAUUCCCGAUGGACCGCAGGAUGAGUCGCCGUCCAAGAAUACCUCGGUGUUUAUGUUUGGCGACAAGCCGUAUUCCAACUACCAGGAGACUGGCUUUGUACUACCUCCGUUCGAAAAGGCUUUGGACUUGGUAGGCACCUAUUUUGAUUUUUCUAUGGUCACAUACCGGUUUCUGCAUAGAGGAAGUGUGGAUGCAUGGCUCAGACAGGUAUAUGAGCAUAAUGUCUCCUUUUCAAAUUUACCGACAGGGUGUAUGGUGGCUCGAACGUCCAUCAUCCUCAUGGUCUUUGCAGUGGCUACUCUCUACAAAGAGCAGCAGCCAGGGGAUCCAAUUGAAGGCAUGAGUGAGAGUGAACGGUGGUAUGCAGCUUCCAAGUAUAUGUCUUCCAUGGAGUCUGGGCCUCCUCGGCUAGAAACAAUCCAAGCAAGGCUGGGUCAGUGUCUUUAUUUGCUUUCGUCCUCGCGCGCAAAUGAGUGCUGGUACUCCUACGGUACAGCUUUGCAACUCGUGACAGCUUUGGGUCUGCAUCGACGGUGUCUGGCAAAGUUGUCGAAGAAUGGAAACUCUUAUCUUGAGCAGGAGCUCCGUAAGCGCAUCUUUUGGAGCGCCUACACCCUGGACAAGUACCUCAGUGUUAUGUUUGGACGUCCCAGGCUGCUGCACGACGAAGACAUCGACCAGGGCUUGCCUGAUGAGAUGAAUGAUGAGGACAUGCUACAAGAAGAUCCAGCAAGACGAACAGGGUCCCUAGAUAGCAUGAUGAUAGCAUCUGUUCUUCAUUACAAACUUGGCCGUAUUAUCGGUGAAAUUUCCCGGCAGCUUUAUACGAUCAACCCUCACUCCCGAGAUCCACCGCUUGAAACCGCUGUUCGUCUCACUUCAGAACUUGAGAAGUGGAAGGAAACCGCACCACCUUUGUUCAGCAGUGUGCGGGCGACCAGUCUUAUCCCACCUCUAUGUAGGCAGAGCCAAGUUCUGCAGCUUGCAUAUUCUCAUGCAAUGAUUCAUGCAACCCGGUCUUUUCUCUUGAAUGAUUUCACAGAUCUCAGCCGCAGGCCUCCAGUCCCCCAUCCCAUGGUCACGAGCCAUGUACAGAAAUGUAUUGAGGCUGCUGAAGACGCUAUGACGUUGGUGGAUAGUCUUGCAAAACAAGGUAUACUGAUUCAGUCCUUUUGGUUCACUCAUUAUGUGUGUUUUUGCGCUAUCAUUGUGGUGUAUAUCCAUACCAUCCAACAACAUCGACAGUCUUCUGGACAAGUAGCCGAAAAUGGCAGUCAGACGUGCUAUCUGUUCAACCUUGCUGAGGCCUGUCAACGACACCUGGCCGAAGCUACCCGCAAAAAUUGCCCAAGUCGUCGCUAUGGUAUAAUCCUGGAAGAGUUGAGACUGGAAGUACAUAGACAAAUCGGCUCCUGCUCGCAAUCAGGAUAUUCUCCUGUGAAUAUGUCUGAAAAUGACCAAGCCAAAUUUUCAUGCAGUACAGAGCCACCUCUGAAUCAGAUAAACUUCACUUCUGCCAGUGUCGAACAGUCCAUCUCACUGGACCCCGGGAAUGCUAUGAAUUACCCAUCGAUCUCAGAUAACUUGCAACCAUCUGAUUUAACGGACGGACCUUUUGACCCCAACACAGACCUUGGAAUUCUUGAUAAUUUAGAAGGCUCUAUUUGGUGGGCUCAACUGGAUUCUUGGGCCUUUACUAGUCUCUCCAAUGAUCCUUCGACCUUUACAUUUUAAGACCUGCUACAAUUUUGCUUCCGAAGAUACCCAUAAUACCCGGUCAUUCGAAGCCGCAAAUGACAUGAAAAUCUGCAUGAAUUACGUCUCCACAUGAUUAAUCUUCU